AUCAAACCUGUAAAAACAGAAGCAGGUUUGUUUUAUACCGGAGGGAUUCGGCAGCAGGUCCCCACAAGGGCGUCGUUCCAGAGGCGAACUUCAGAAGCAGAAGUUUGGAAACGUGCCACAGGUUUGGGUUACCCGCGCGAGGCAGGAUCCAGCCUUUAUAACCGGGUGUCCGUCCGGGCUGGAAAAGAGAUCGGGGAUCGUGUGAGGCUGGUUGAAACUGCAUCGGUCUCCCCACUGAGACCUCUCCUCAGUCAAGGCCAGCUCUGUAACGUUACCUCGUGUUCGGCACACUUGCUGGGAGCUGUCCUCACUAAGGAAUCAACUCAACAUUUCGAACAAGAUGGCGGCAUCAGCAGGUGCAGUGUUCUUACUUCUAGUGUACACGUCAUCAGUUCAUGGGUAUCCAAGACAAAGAUUUCGAGUCUACCUUGACAGUGAUGCUUCUGCCGUUGCCGACUGUGCGUUUGAAGGCAACAGCCUGUGUUCCUGGACCCAGGGACAGGACGACACCAUGGACUGGUCUGUCCUACAGGGAUGGGACGCUACAGGCGACACCUACUGGACGACGUUGCCAAGCACGGACCACACCCUAGCAACAAGUGACGGCUGGUACGUAGCCGUAGAAUCUCCCGCCACAGUCACAACCGGUCGGCCACUCGCACGCCUGCAGUCCCCAGUAAUCCCGCAUGGUGAAAAGGCUGAGCAGUGUUUGACGUUUCAUUACCACAUGACCGAGGACUACCCCGCUGAUCUGGGCUUCGAUGCAAAGAACUUGCUGAAUGUGUACCUGCUAUCGGAGGGCGAGUUGAAGGGACCGAUUUGGACUAUGGGAGAACUGCUCUAUGGCUACUGGAACCAGGCAGAACUUUCUUUCACCACAUAUAAGGACUUUCAGAUCGUGCUGGAGGCGGUGGUAGAGUCCCAGAAUAGCGGUGACAUCGCUCUUGAUGACAUCAAACUCAGAAAUCGGCCGUGUGCAGGUUGUAAUCACAUCCUGACGGACCGUACGGGCACGUUCACCAGCCCGCGCUACCCGGACCCCUACCCGCAGAACACGGACUGCACCUGGACCAUCAAGGCGCCCGACGACAAGAGGAUCCGCCUGGCCUUCGACCUCAUCGACAUCGUGGAGGACGAGAACUGCGAGAUCGACUACGUCGCCGUGAGCGGGUCGGAGAACGGGGACGGCAUCAGGCAUUGCGGCAGCAUCGCGCCCGAAGUCUACACCAGUCGUGCCAGUGAGAUCAAACUCCAGGUGAAGUUCCGAACGACGUGGGAGAGCGGAUAUACCGGCUUCUCGGCGAGAUACGCUAUCGUACCAGAUUUCCGGAAGGGUUCGGUAAACAUCGGGACGUCCGUCGAGCCGGUUCGUAUGGUGAGCGUGUCUUUCCCGGGGCCGUUCUUCUCAGCCGUUCCGAAGCUAAAGGCAAAGGUCAACAAGGAGGAAGGUCAAGUCGGAAGGUUCUCAGUCUUCGUGGACGAGGUGACCCCGGGUAAGUUCGUGGCCGCCGUGAGGAGGACCGACCAGGAGGAGGGGUGGAGGACCAACCCUACCCUAACGUGGGUAGCGGAGACGGACAGAGUGUCGGAUGUGUGCACGGAGACAGAGUUCCGCUGUGCCGACCUGACCUGCAUCCCCGGGGAGUGGCGCUGCGAUGGCGAGCCGGACUGUCCCGACAGCUCCGACGAGUCUCCCGAAGAAUGCCGCUGUCCGUUUGGCUAUGGACGUUUCGAGGAUUCCUGCUUCAAGGUGUCCAGGCUCCCGGCAGACUUCGCAGGGGCGGAGGAGGAAUGCUUGAACGAUGGGGCACGCCUAGCCGCUAUCAAGGACCAAGCAACACAUGAGUACAUCUUGAGUCAGGUGGCACCGGUUGCAAACCUGUACGUUUUGUGGAUUGGACUAGAGGACAGAGAAAAUGAGGGCUCCUUUGUCUUCAGCGACGGCACUACCCUAUCAGAUGACUCUUGGCAAAACUUCUACUACCCGGGAGCUUCUGCCCAGGAAGACGAGGACUGUGUUGAGAUGUACUUCGGCAGUGAAAGGGACGCCGCCUACUGGAAUGAUCAAUACUGCACCCUUCCUCGUCGCUUCAUCUGCCAAAUAGCUGCUUCACCUUCCCCGGAUGUGGAGGAGACCACGCCUCCCGUCCCAGAGGUCCUGGAUGAAGAAGAAGAUGACUUCCCGGCAGCGGCAUCGAUACAAGAUCCUUUGUCACCGGAGAUUGCGGGCCUCCUCAGCGAGAUUCUACCAGGCGGUAUGUUUUCUGGACGCUCAGAAGAUGUCCAGCAAACAACAGUGGCCCCCAUGAACAACGGAGAAAAAGCGGCGACGGAGAGGCCAACGCAGGCAGAACCCGCCGUUGCCGAGGAGGAGAUGCCCGGGGAGGAUACAACACCGUUACCCGAUAGAGCACCAGUAGCAGCAGCGCCGGUAGAGAAGACAGGCACAGACCUGCAGGAGGUACCACAGAUGCCCGAUCAAACAGAAGACGAAGUUGUAGGGGAAACAGAAGACGAUAUAGAAGUAGAAGUUACACAAAUGCCACCAGUUGUUGAAGCCACCGAUGAAGUUUUUGAGACCACAGAAGAGCUCGAAAAGGAUUCGGAAGCAGAAGAUGAUGAAUUGUUGAGAGCAACGGAGGUACCGUCCUUAGAGGAAGAUGAUGGAGAGGUAGAAGAGGAAGACAAAUGGGAAGAAGAGGAGGACAUGGCAGUAGAGGAAGACGGUACAGAAACGACUGAUGUGGUAGAUAUCAUUAAUGAAGUACUCGGAGGGGAGGAUGAAGAAGGCAAAGAAGAAGAAGAGGAUAUGAAGGGAGUGGAAGACGGUACAGAAAUGACUGAUGUGGUAGAUAUCAUUAAUGAAGUACUCGGAGGGGAGGAUGAAGAUGCCAGCACCGAAAUGCCGGAGGUAGAAGAGGAAACAGACGAAUCAGCAAAGGAACCAGACACACCUGAAUCCGAAACAGAGGAGACACAGAAAGAAGAGAAGGAAGAAGAGAUGGAUACUACAGACGAAAUGGAAACGGAGGAAGAGGAUGAAACUACAGAAGAGGCGGAAAUGGAGAAAGAGGACGAGACUACAGAAGAAGAGAUAGCAGGAGAGACAGCAGAAGAGACAGAGGGCACAGAUGGGGAAGACACGAAGGAGGAAACGGAUGAUCAGAAGGCAAGUGAGGAGGCGGAGGAGGAACCUGACAUGGGUGAAGUAGAAGAGGAGGAGGAAGCAGAAGAUGAAAGUACCGAUGCUGAAGGUGAGCAAGAGGAAGAUGAACCCGUGCAGGAGGAAGAACGACCAGAAGGAAGUGAAGAAUCUGAAGAGGAGACUAACGUCAUAGCUGAGGUGAUCCAGCCUCCUGAGAUGGAGGAAGAAUCUGCAGAAGUCCAGCCGAUAGCACGGAUGGACACCGAAGUAGAUUCAGACGGGUCACGAAUGCAAACAGGAGAGGAAGAAUAUGGCACUGAAAUGUCACCAUUGCAAGACACAAAAGAACAAAUACAAGACGCGAAGGAGGACACGGUAGAGCCAACCGGAGCUUCUGAGGUGGAGGACGUGGUGGAGGCGGCUACUGAAGCCGCAGACAUGGAGGAGGAGACGAAAGACGUGACGGAUGCAGAGACAGGAGAGACUGCAGUAGAGGUAGAGGAGGAGGCUACAGGUGAAGUAGAAAUGGAGACAGAGGAGACAACAGGUGAAGUGGAAAUGGAGAAAGAGGAGACAACAGUUGAAGGGGAAAUGGAUAAAGAGGAGACAACCGAGGAAGUGCAAAUGGAGAAAGAGGAGGAGACUACAGAGGAAGCAGAAAUGGAAAUAGAAAAAGAGGUGGAAACAGUGGAAGUGGAAAAAGAGGAGGAAACAAUAGAGGAAAUAGAAAAAGAGGAGGAGGCUAAAGAAGAAGUGGACAUGGAGAAAGAGGAGACAACACUUGAAGAGGAAAUGGAUAAAGAGGAGACAACCGAGGAAGUGGAAAUGGAAAAGGAGGAGGAAACAACAGAAGAAUCGGAAAUAGAGAAAGAGGAGGAGACAACAGAAGAAGUUGAAAUGGAAAAAGAGGAGGAGACAACAGAAGAAGUGGAAAUGGAAGAAGAAGAGGAGGAGACAACAGAGGAAGCGGAAAUGGAAAAAGAGGAGGAGACAACAGAAGUGGAAAUGGAGAAAGAGGAGGGUGUUACAGAAGAAGUGGAAAAAGAGGACGAGACUACAGAAGAAGAGAUAGCAGGAGAGACAGCAGAGGAGACAGAGGAAACGGAUGAUCAGAAGGCAAGUGAGGAGGCUGACGAAGAACCUGACAUGGGUGAAGUAGAAGAGGAGGGAGAAGUAGAAGAUGACAGCACCGAUGCUGAAGGCGUGCAAGAGGAAGAUGAACCCGUGCAGGAGGAAGAACGACCCGAAGGAAGUGAAGAAUCUGAAGAGGAGACUAACGUCAUAGCUGAGCUGAUCCAGCCUCCUGAGAUGGAGGAAGAAUCUGCAGAAGUCCAGCCGAUCGCACGGAUGGACACCGAAGUAGAUUCAGAAGAAAAAGCAGAGGAAGCAGAAAUGGAGGAAACUACAGAUGAAGUGGAAAUAGAGGCAGAGGAGGAGGCAACAGAAGAAGUGGAAAUAGAAAAAGACGAGGAGACAACAGAAGAAGUGGAUAUGGAAAAACAGGAGGAGACUACAGAUGAAGAGACAACAGCAGAAACCGAUGCGGAAAAAGAGGAGGAGACGACAGAAGCCGACAUGGAUAAAGAGGAGACAACAGAGACUGACACAGAGGAAGAGGAGACAACAGAACAAGUCAAAACGGCGGAAGACAAUGACGAGGAGACAACAGAAGUCGACAUGGAGAAAGAGGAGGCUGCAACAGAAGAACCUGAUAUGGAGGUAGAGGAUGUAGAGACUAUAGAAGUUGACACCGAGAAAGAGGAGGAGCCUAUAGCACAGGUAGACCCGGAGGACGACACUACAGAAGUGGCUGAUAUGGAGGAAGAGGCGACGACGGAGCUGGCUCCUGUCGAUGACCCUCAAACAGACGAUAUAUUAGCUGAAGUAACAGAGCAGCCAGGGGAGGAGGGCCUCCCAGAGAUAGAAGAGGACAGUGUGCCAGAAGAAGAAGAGGAAACAACAGAAAUUGUGCCUGUGGUUGACGUUUCGGUGGAUGUGGCAGAGAGUGAGACAGAACAGGAGACAGAGGAGCCAACGAUGCUGCCAGGAGAACCCAGGGAGACUGCUGCGGAACUGGAGCCUCAGGAAAUAGUGUCGGAGGUUGAAACUGAGGAGGGGGAACCUGACGAGCAGACACGCCAGGAAGCGAGCGAGGAUGAGACCAACGUGAUAGGAGUGGCAGAGUUACGUCGACUCAGCACAGAAGUAGAUCCAACUGAAGAUGCAGAUGCUGAGAAAGGGGAGCCGAUCGUUGUCUUUGAGUCCAAACCAGUUGAGCCAGCUUCAGUUGAAGAGAUAGUGCCAGAGUCAGAGGAGCAAGAAGACCUCGGCUGUGCGCCAUUCGUUGCAGAGGAGUUCAGCACCUGUUACGCAAGGUAUCAACACCAGGCAUACAAGAUCCGGAGAAGCGGGAAACUAUCGCAUAGAGCUUUCUGUCUGGCCCACUACGAGUUGUACGGGUGCUACACCACCGCCUUAGCAGAGUGCAUCGAGCACGCCUACACCAGAUUCAGAACCGUCUUGGAGGCAGAGGGUAAACUUAUUCUUUCCAGGUGUGUACCUGCAGGCAACGGUGCCAUACCUUGAGGAGUAUCCUCAAACUUAUCACCUUCUGUUUGUUUCCAAGACCAGUUUGUUUUCAUGAAGUAUAAGCAUUUUACAAUCUUCAUGUGACCAAAUAAGAAGAAUGCUUUGACAAAUGAGUUGAUCAGUGUUACAUGUUGGCUUCCUGGGCUAUCAAAACGUAACAUUUCGCCUGGGGAAUUCCUCUGUCAAAUCAUUUCCUUCUGAUCCAAUGUUUACCUUGUAAAGAACCCAAGCAGUUUGGUAGAGACUGUUAUGAAGGUAGGUUUGGUGUUACCUUUAAAAACCAGUUAGCAAAGGUAAGGAUUCUGUAAAAGAGCUGGAGACUCAAUACUAAGCUCAAUUUUCCCAAUGUAUUGACAAUUCAAGGACCUAUGUAAAGUUAGGGAAACUUAGAAAUGUGUUAAGUAUAAGCUGUUGUGUGUAUAAGGUUAAGAAUUCAUGUGGCUCUUGGUGUGGAAUUGCUUCAUCAUGAGUAUGUGUUAUGUGAUUAAGUCUGCCAUUCGCAAUAUAUGGACCAACUAAGUAGUUUUAAAUCAAAAAGGUUCUCAUGCUCAUAGAUUGUAGUACAGGCACAAUCAUUAUGACAUGAUUAUGUAGUGUGAUUUCCCUUCUGUGAUAUAGGCCGCUAUUGGCACUAUUUUCAAUGUGUUGUUGAAUCAUAUUUACAGUCUUAGUGUUAAAUCAAAAUGCUUUCAAGUCAGGGUUUGACAAGUUUUCUAAACAACUUGUCCAACCGGGCAACUACAUAAAGAAUUUACUUGCCCGAACCAACUUUUCACUUGCCCAAAAUUUAAAUGAACUCUCUGUAGUAAUGGAACUCUUUUAUCAUUGGCUCUAUUAAAAGUUUCUGUGUUGACUGAUGCUUGAUGUCAUGACUGGACAGUUUUAUUCAAGUAUAUCAAAAUCUCACGAAAAAUGGGCAAGUGAGGUAGGACAUGCACUUGCUCGGUACAAUCAGGCUAGUGGACUUGUCAAACCCUGUCAAGGUGUUAAUAAUUGUAGCAUAUUGUAGUACUGGCAUAAUCAUUUGUUAACAAAUAAUAAUUUUAACAUUAAUGACUAGCUAGUGCUUAAGAUAUGAUCUUAUGAAUCCACUGUACACUGCAAGAAUGUAAGACUGUAAUAAGUAAAUAAUUCAGAACUUACAUUCACUUGUAAAAAAAAUACACCAAACCACAAAGAUGACAUCAAGGCAUUUGUUCCUUCAUCAUUGCAAUACAUCUCACGUCUAACCCAAAAGCUCAUUUUAAACAGCCUUAAAAUAACGAAACUGCUCAUUCAAAGCUUUCAACAUCAUCAUCACCAUGUACAGAAAAGAGCAAUGACCAGUACGUGUACCUUACCCAGAAAUACUCAUCGCUGACAGCACCUUAUACAAUGUACACACUUGCAAGUCAUCACUUCAAAAUACAAAUCAACAAAUUGACAAUGAAUUUGGGAUGGACCAAAAAGAACAGUAAUAGGAAACCGCAGCAAACUAAAUCAAUGCAGCCUUGAAUCCAUCUAGUUCUGUUUCGCUCCUAUGAUUGCUCUAUGCAAAAUAGUCUGUGCCCCUUCCCAAUCUAUAUGUUUGGUUCUUACUUCCUGCAUAAUUUCAGGAAUCAAAAAUUCAUCAGCUGCCUUGAACCCCAGGGCCAAAGGGCUCAGAGCCAACUCUAGCCUAUAUUUUAGGACGAAUGUUCAAGUACAGAAUGUACCAAUAGUUUCUCUAUCAAUGAACGCUAGACUAUUUUGCAGCAAAGCCACAAAAGAAGCAAACAGAACUAGAAUAGAAUGGGUACCAGGCUAGCUGAAUAGGAAGUCUGCAGACUGAAUCUAUGUAUACAUAGAUACAUGUAGGUACGGUUUACACUCAAGACAUACUGCACUCUUGGUUCCAUACAUAAAUACUGAAAUUCUGAUGACAUUCAAAACUCAAGACUAAAAACUACAAAUCAUCACCAGUUUGUUUCAAAAUGACAGCUAGACGUACAUCUUUUUAAGGUGAAUAUCAUUCUAAAAUUUCCUCUGCAAUUUUCAUAAUUGGCUUUGAUUUUAACUAACAUGUUCAUAAAAUUUCUCUUAACGUUGAACAUGAGAAUGUUUUGCUGUUAGACUAAGUAGUAGCCUUAAGACUUUUACCUGCGAUUUUUAUAAAUAAUGACAAACGUUUAGUAUCAGUUAGCCAAAAAUAUACAUAUUUCAUGAACAGAAAGUUUCUAGACUCUGAAAUCUUACAGCUUAGCUGGCAGACAAGCUCAUA